AUGGAUGACCAGACCUUCGGCGCGAUCCAGCCCCGGUCCAGCAACAGGCACACGGGCAGCAACGCGUCUGAGAGCCGGGGUUAUGUCGAAGUGGAGAGGGGCGUCAUGACGGCCGAAAACAUGCUGGAGGACCCCGGGGUGCUGUCGACGCCUCACCUGUCCGGGGAUCGAUACGAGCGCGGCCGGAAGGGAUGCUGCGAGAAGGUGGUCGUCAACAUUUCGGGGUUACGCUUUGAGACGCAACUUAAAACUUUCAACCAGUUCCCAGACACGCUGCUGGGGGACCCCAGGAAAAGGAUGCGCUACUUUGACCCACUGAGAAACGAGUACUUUUUUGACAGGAACAGACCCAGCUUUGAUGCCAUCCUCUACUUCUACCAGUCCGGGGGGCGCAUACGGAGACCUGUUAACGUGCCCAUUGAUAUUUUUUCCGAGGAGAUACGGUUUUAUCAACUCGGAGAGGAGGCAAUGGAGAAAUUCCGUGAUGAUGAAGGCUUUAUAAAAGAAGAGGAACGCAUACUGCCUAAAAAUGAUUUCCAAAAGCAGGUUUGGCUUUUGUUUGAGUACCCUGAGAGCUCUGGACCAGCCAGGGGGAUAGCUAUAGUUUCAGUGCUUGUUAUUUUGAUCUCAAUUGUUAUAUUCUGCAUGGAGACUCUGCCGCAAUUUCGGGAUGAUAGAGACCCAGCCACAGUGGAGCCCACAGUGAAUGGCACAGCUCCCUACAAGCCAAACCCGUUUACAGACCCUUUCUUUGUGAUAGAGACCCUCUGCAUCAUUUGGUUCUCUUUCGAGUUGCUGGUCAGGUUUUUCGCCUGCCCCAGCAAAACUACAUUCUCCAAAAACAUCAUGAAUAUCAUUGACAUCGUCGCCAUAUUCCCCUACUUCAUCACUUUGGGGACCGAGCUGGCCGAAACGGAAAACAGCGGCGGCCAGCAGGCGAUGUCGCUCGCCAUCCUGAGGGUGAUCAGACUGGUGAGGGUCUUUCGCAUUUUUAAGCUCUCACGUCACUCAAAGGGACUUCAGAUUUUGGGCCAGACACUUAAGGCCAGCAUGAGGGAGCUCGGUUUGCUCAUAUUCUUUCUUUUCAUCGGAGUUAUUCUCUUCUCCAGCGCGGUUUACUUUGCAGAAGCAGACGACCCCGCGUCCAGCUUCACCAGCAUCCCGGAUGCGUUUUGGUGGGCAGUGGUCACAAUGACCACAGUCGGAUAUGGAGACAUGCAUCCGGUGACCAUUGGUGGGAAAAUAGUGGGGUCGCUGUGCGCAAUAGCAGGCGUGCUUACCAUUGCCUUACCCGUGCCAGUGAUUGUGUCCAAUUUCAACUACUUCUACCACAGGGAGACUGACGGAGAGGAGCACCUGCAGUACGUGCACACCAGCAGCUGCGAGCACCUCCCCUCGGAGGAGCUGAGGAGGUCGUGUAGCUCCUCGUCCCUCAGCAAGUCUGAGUACAUGGUGAUAGAGGAGAGCAUCAACAGCGCCUUCAAACAGCCCAACUUCACCACCGAGAACAACCAGAACUGCGUGAACAUCAAAAAGAUCUUCACAGACGUGUAAAUGAACUCCAGAAGGCAUCAUUUAUGGAGCUUGAAGACAUAGCUAUUAUUUUUCUAUAUAGCCUAUAGCCAAUUGUAAUGUGUCAGUCCAUA